AUGAAGGAAGCGCUAGAAUUGCGGGAGCCUACGGAAAUGUACUUCGCUCAACCUCUUGAGACAAGGCUAUGCUGUAUCAUUGUGUUUCAGGAUAAUCUUUUUGAAUGGCACUUCACAGUGCGAGGACCACUGGAAUCGGACUUUGAUGGAGGAAUUUACCAUGGUCGAAUUCUGCUCCCGCCUGAAUAUCCAAUGAAACCACCGAAUGUGGUUAUUCUGACGCCCAAUGGACGAUUUGAACUGAACAAGAAAAUCUGUCUUUCUAUUUCUGGGUAUCAUCCAGAAACGUGGCUUCCCUCAUGGUCAAUACGGACUGCUCUACUCGCUUUGAUUGGAUUCAUGCCAACAGCAGGAGCCGGUGCUCUCGGUAGCCUUGACUAUCCUGUAGCUGAAAGAAGAAAGUUGGCGAAGAAAAGUCUUGAGUGGAAGUGCAAGGAAUGUGGUGCAUGCAUGAAAACUGCCCUAAAGUCUCUUACGGACGAUGCAAAAAAGAGUAACGAAGAAGCCAAGAAGCUCGCAGCACAGCUCACUUUCAAGAAUGAGGAAGAGAAGAAACAGGCGAUUGCAGAAGCAGAAAAUGCAGCUGCCGAUUCAAGAGCUCCAAGUAGCUGCGCGGAUGAUGUCAGCACAGCACAGUCGCCUCAGGAAACAACUGAUGAACCCGCGGCUGAUGUAGUACCGCCCCCCGCUGCUCCUCCUCAAAGUGAUCACCAAUCUCAGGAACAUAUUACGGUGAAUCGUCCAACGCCUACUUUCCGCCAAGACGGGGACGGAUAUGUUUCACUCUUCAUAACAGUGCCUAUUUGUGUGGUUUUCUUAUCAAUGUUUAGCCUUCUUCUUGCAAGACGGUUUCUUUUGUAA